AGCAAUAUUGAAUGACAACUACUGUCAAAGUCCGCUGACAGCUGUCACUUAAUUUUUCUUUUCUUUCCGGUGACUGCUUCGUAGAAGACGCUAAAAUGUUUAUGCCAAAAGCUCAUCGUGUUGCUAUUUACGAAUACCUCUUCAAAGAGGGUGUUAUUGUGGCUAAAAAAGAUUUCCAUGCACCCAAACAUCCUGAACUUGAGAGCAUACCCAAUUUACAUGUAAUCAAAACAAUGCAGUCCCUUCACUCUCGCGGUCUUGUUAAGGAGCAGUUUGCAUGGAGACAUUACUAUUGGUACUUGACAAAUGAAGGUAUUGAAUACUUGCGCAGUUACUUGCAUUUGCCCCCAGAAAUUGUGCCAGCAACACUGAAACGCCCGGCUAGGUCAGAGACAGUACGUCCACGACCAACAGCCACUGCCCGUGGUACCGGUGAUUCUUCAAAGACAGGUGAAGAUCGCUCUGCAUACAGACGUGCACCAGGUGGUCCCGAUAAGAAGAGUGACGUUGGACCAGGUGCUGGUGAUGUUGAAUUCCGAGGUGGAUUUGGUCGCGGCUCACGUCCUCAAUAGAUAUAAAAAUGUUAAAAUGAACCACAUUGAAAAGAGAAUCCUAUCACUGGAUUUAAUUUUAUAAUAAAAAAAACUGAAAA